AUGACGUCCGCUGUUGCGUCCGCUUCCUCAGCCCCUCUGAACCCGAGGCCCAUUCCUAUCGGCCAAAGCGCCUCGGGACACAUUCUUCCGGGCUCCUUCAUGAACAUCACGUCUCCGCCAAACGACAACGCCAUCAUCUGCUCCAGCGUGUCGGCCCACACGACAUGGUCCUGCUGCGGUAACGGCGGCGUCAUCAGCCAGUCCGCCUUCAACGGGAAGACGCACAUGGAGGGUGCCUGCUGGGUGAACUCCACAGGAGGCGACGCAUGGGACGCCUGCGUGCAGAAAGUCGGAAUCCGGGACGGGGAGGCCGGCAACAACACGUCCAUCGCCGUGAACGGGACCGACGGCAAGCUCCUCCCGGGCUUGGCACAGUGUACGACAUGGGCUGACUUCCUCUCCACUGCUCAGAAAGACGUGCCCGACGGCCAGGUCAACAUGACUUCGAUCUCCACGAAAGGAUUCAACGGUGAGGACAGCAGUGCGCCGAAGGAAAACAGCGUCCUCUUCUCGUCUCUCGACAUGAACAGUGAGCUCGUCAACGAAUGCUGCGACAAGGCGGACAAGUACUGGCACCGCGUGGCGUACCUCGAGCCCCUUGGGGGAGCUUGCAUCUUCCACAAGGACGAGGCGGAGAAGAACAAUAUCUACGACGAGUACUGGAAGCCGUGUAUCGAGGGUCUCGGCCUGUACCCGGUCCGCCUGAACAAUGUGACUGGCCACUGGAGCGCUGGAUACGCCAACAAGGCAAGUGCCGGGUUGCUUGUUGCAGCCGCUGCCCUCGCUCUCCUUGCGUGA